AAAGAUUUGAAUAUCAAAUUUUGAAAGAGUUAAAUAAAUAAUUAUGAAAACGAGACAUUAAAAUAGUAAUAAAAAUGGAUUAAUCCGCUAGAUUUUAGUUUAAUAAAAAAAUCAAUGUCAGCUUGUGUCUUCAAAAGAAUCUACACAAAAGAAACCGCAGAAUACAAUUUGGGUGUAAAUUUUAUAUCCGGUAUUUUGAUCUUCUAAAAUAGGAAAUAGCUAUAUCCGAUUGUUUUAAGAAUCGAUCUUUAUUAAAUACUGAAAAGAAUAUUAUGACCUUCGGUGAACUCUUUUUUAAUUAUUAUAUUUGUGAAAUAUGAAUAGUUUUGAUAACAGUGAGAAAUAUAAAUAGGCAUACAAACUGAGUAAAUUCAGUAUAGUAUCGUGAAGAUUCAAAUCGACAAUACAAGCAAAAACAAUGCGUGCUUUUAUGAUUUUAAGUGUCAUCGCAGUUGCAUCUGCACAACGAUUGGGAUACAACUACCAACAAGGAGUAUCUGGAUCCAAUCCCCAAGCUUUUGGUCAGGGACAAAGCUUCAUCUCAGGCAACGCUGGAUAUGGAGGUGAUUUCGGAGGACAAGCUCAAGGAUCUGGUCUCAGCUACGGUCUAAGUGGUGGAUCAAUUGGAUCUGGAUUUGGGGGUAACUCAGGAUUUGGCAGUGGUUCAAUAGGAUCAGGUAUUGGAGGUGGAUUCGGAUCAGGAAGCAGCUAUGGAUCAUCUGGAUCGGUUGGAGGUGGAGUCAGUUAUCAACCUGGAACAAAUCGUGUCAUCGAUGGUGGACUUAGCAAGGAAUAUUUCCUUUAUUCUGCUCCAGCCGAACAAGCUCAAGAAGGACAUUUCACAAAGAAUGUCGAAACAAUUAUUAAGAAGAAUCUCCGCGUAAUCUUCAUCAAGGCUCCAGAAAACAAUGCCGUCCACAAUGCUGCCCUCAAGAUAGCCAAACAAGCAACUGAAGACAGAACUGCCAUCUAUGUCUUGAGCAAGGAACCCGAUGUAUCAGAAAUCGCCACUCAAGUUCAACAAAUCAGCGAGAAUGUCCGUGCUAAGCCUGAGGUCCGUUUCAUCAAGUACAGGACAAAUGAGGAUGCUCUUAAUGCUCAACGUACCAUUCAGCAGCAAUAUGAAGCUUUGGGUGGAACUUCUCAGAGUUCCAAUGAAGGUGUUGCUCCAGUUUUGAACUUUGCUUCCCCCGCUAAGAAUGAUGGACAAGGUCGUGCAAAUUUGAUUGCAGCUGGUUCUUCGAUCAGCUCAUCCAAUUUCGGCAGCUUAGGAUCGUCUUCGAAUAACAUUGGUGUUGGUGUCAAAUCAAACGAAUAUCUGCCCCCAGCUGUUAAGAAAUAAGAACUGAUAUUUAGGAUUGUAAUUAUUUAUUUGGAUUAUGAAUUGUUAAGGUUGAAAUAUACUA